CAUCCUGAACUAUCCUGGACUGACUCACAAUCUUAUCGGAUUCAAUGCUCCUCUCUCCCUUCAAUUCAUUGCGUCUUUCCCAUCGCUUCAUGGCUACUCUCUCCUCCGCAGCAGCUCCGCAAUCCCCGUUGCGUCAACGACGCUUCGCUCCUCUCAAUGCGGAGAACUCGCGAGAUUCCUCCGCACCCGCGCUGAGGGGCAUCGUCUUCGAUGUCGACGGCACAUUAUGCCUCCCCCAAAACUACAUGUUCGCCGAGAUGCGAGCCGUCCUCAACAUCGACAAAAAAACCGACAUCCUCCACCACAUCGCCAGCCUCCCCACCGCCUCCGCCCAACUCGAAGCCGCCGACAAGAUCAAGGCCAUCGAACGCGAGGCCAUGCGCCACCAACAACCGCAACCGGGGCUGGUGGAUCUGAUGGAUUAUCUGGAGCAGAGGGGGAUUCGACGGGCGUUGUGUACGCGGAACUUUGAGGCCCCCGUGACGAAUCUCCUGCAGAAUCAUCUCCCGGCUCAUGUGUUUCUGCCGAUCAUCACCCGCGAGACGCCUGGGUUGUUGCCCAAGCCGGAUCCGGCGGGGAUUCUGCAUAUUGCGAGGGAGUGGGGGUUGGAGGAUGGCGGGGAGGGGUUGAUUAUGGUUGGAGAUAGCCUCGAUGAUAUGACGGCCGGGCAUACGGCGGGAGCCGCGACCGUGCUCCUCCUCAACGACCACAAUGCUCAUUUGAGAGACCACGAGCAUACCGAUCUCUGCAUUGAGCGCUUAGAUGAGCUGGUCGACAUCUUGGGCCGUGGAUUCGUCGGUCACAGAGGUGGGAACAAAGUUCCCGCGACCGAUGCACCCACGGCCGCGGCAUCGGCUCAAUGAUUUAGAUCAAUAAAGAGAAAGACAAUGGCUUUUUGUGGCAUUUGUACAUAAUGCUUUGCGAGAAAGGACCUGCCCUGGCUCCUUUUCGUCUGAGGGAAUGAUACUAAGACAAACAGAUAAAAGAAAGAUAAUCAUCCCGGGGUAUUUUUUUACCAAGUACGCAAACAUGCAUCUAUCCCCGCAGCCACUCGUAGAGGGGGUAUCAGUCGUGUCAACUCAAUCAACCAUUCACAUCCUGCAUCAAUCCCAGGCCUUCUUACCAGCGCCGCGGCGGACGGUACGCAUCUCCACCGGAC